UUGGGCGCGGUUACAUACGACUGCCUCAACUCCCAUAACUUCGCAAUAAACAACGAGCGCGCCCCCUUCAGUGAUCCAAGAGUGCGGCGUGCGAUACACCUCGCAGUGAGUCGUCAGACGCAGAUAGAUGGGUACACUCCGGUUUGGGAGCCCACAUUCGUUACUCGCUGGAUUCCGAAGCCCAGCCCAUUCGCCACCGACCCCAACGCAAUCCUUCAGAUGCCCGGCUUUAGGGCGGACAAGGAGGCAGACAUUGCUGAGGCGAAGCGCCUUCUGGCGGAAGCUGGCUACCCGGAUGGUUUCGAGACGACUAUCACGACGUGGAACCUGCCUACCACCGCAGAGGUAGCCGUUCCCUUGUUUGUGGACGAGUUGAGAAAGACGCUGAACAUUCGCGCGGAUAUCAAGCUGGUCGAGCGCGCGCUCCAAAGUGAGAUACUAUCCAAGGGCGACUAUGACAUGUUCAGAAACGGCGACUAUUCCGGUCAGAUACUCGAUCCAUUCCCCAUGUGGAACAUCUAUCUGAGGACUGGUGGAUCACAGAACUGGUCGCGCUACGCCAACCCGGAAUUUGACGCAGUGCUGGAUAAACUCGCGCUUGAACUCGACCCCUUCGGGCGCGCCGAGCUAUUCAACCAGGGUAUGGACAUUCUUGACGCGAAUCCGCCCUUCUACCACAUAGGUUUCUGCGGCCACUCUCCCGCUUGGAGCAAGGAUGUCAAGGGCAUGUCGAUGGAUACCCGCCUGCACGUGCUCUGGGAGCGCCUCGACACCGCUUGGCUGGACAGGUAG